UAUUAUGUUCUGCAGGUUAGGUGUCGCAUAUGUUUGACAGAAUUGUCUUAUGUAAAUAAAUCCACCUCCUCAAUGUUGAGGCAUUAUAGGGCCAAACAUGAGAAUGAAGUCCCAGAUACACCUAGAAUAACUUCAGCUUCUAGGAAGCAAAUGCUGGAUGAGGCUCUACUGAAUUUCAUUGUGAAGGAUUACCAGCCUCUCAGUAUUGUGGAAAGUGAAGGGUUCAAGGCACUGGUUCAAGUCCUUGAACCUUCAUAUGGUUUGCCAAUCAGAAAAACCAUCAAACAAAUGGUGGCCAAAAAGUUUGAGGAGGAACAGGAACGAGUGAAAAUGGAAGUACAGCAAGCUGUGGCAGUGAGUAUAACGGCUGACAUGUGGACAUCUGUGAACAUGGAGGCUUAUUUGGCUCUUACCUGUCACUACAUUAAUGAAAAUCUGCAGUUGUGUACAUCUGUAUUAGGAGUAAAAUACUUUCCACAAAGUCACACUGCUGACAAUUUGGCCCAAGUCACAAGAGACAUAAUGGAGGACUGGACCAUAACCAAUAAAGUAAGGUGUCUUGUGACUGAUGCAGCUCCAAACAUGAUCGCAUCCGCUAGGCAGCUAGUAAUUUGGCACUCGAUUUGCAUUGCACAUACUCUCAAUUUAUUAGUUAGAAAAUCAUGUGAUCAGAUCCCCACACUUACAUCCAUCAGACAGAAAUCUAGGCACAUUGUCACAUACUUCAGAUCAAGCACUACAGCCAAGGAGAAGCUUGCUCAAGUGCAACAACAGAUGGGACGACCAAUCCUGAAACUUAUCAAUGAGGUGCCAACACGCUGGAACAGCACAUAUGAAAUGCAGUCAAGGCUACAUGAUGAGAGGGAACCAGUGUGGUUAUCUCUGACCUCUCUAAAAGGAGAUUUGACUCCACUUACAGCUGAUGAGCAUAGCAUCAUAGGAGAAACACUUCUUGUGCUUGCUCCUUUCCAUCAAGCUACAGUGGAGUUGUCUGAAGAGAGGCGAGUGUCAGGAUCCAAGGUCAUCCCAAUGAUGAAAAUGCUCUAUCUUGCACUAGAGAGUAAUGCAUCAACCUUGCACACACAGCCAGCCAUAACCUACAUGAAAAACUGAAGCGUCGAGUCACAGACACUGCUUCCAAUCUGGAGUCAAAAAGUGUGUUGGCCCUAGCAACACUUCUAGAUCCCAGAUUUAAAUCACUUGGGUUCCGCAGUUCCUCCAAAUGCAAUGAGGCCAUCAGUAGACUGCGGUCAGAAUGUGCGUCUAUUAUCGGACACUCAAAUGAGCCCCAGCCAGGACCAUCUUCACAACAGCUAUCUGCACCCAACUCAGGCAUGUUAUUGAGCAUUAUUUGUUGUUUGUUUGGACAAGAUGUACUAAAAUGUCAAUUUGUU